AGACGACGAAGGCCGAAAACCUACAGAUGAGGCCAAGUCUUCCGACCGACAUCACAGGCAUCGGCACCACCACCAUCAUCAUCAUCAUUCUAAUCACUCGAGGGAGAGUAAGGGCAGUGGCGAACAUCGUCAUCAUAGUAGUCGACCAGACAGUAACGUAUCGGUAUGGACAGCUUCUGAUCAUUCUAGCACCCGCAUCCCAAAGGGACGGGAUAGCGGGUUCUCCCUUGGAAGUUCGCAUAGUUCAUCAAGCCAGAAGUACCGAGCUCCUGAUGAGCAACUUGCACGUGACAGACGUAGGGAAGAACGACGCGCGGAACGCGAGCUUCACAAUAGGGGGCGAGAGAGUAAGGGAAAGGAACCAGAAGUGCCACCGAGCGCCCGACACUCUUACCGCAGUUCGAGGCAUCACAGUUUACCCUACUCUGAAAGGUCACACUCCGAGAGGUUUUCCGGAAAGGAAGAUAUUCCUUCUCCGAAUAAGAAGUUCCUCGACACUAGAAACGCCGAACCCGCCCCAGCACCGAACUAUGCUCCGCGUCCCAGGGCAAACAGUAGCAACGACAGCUACUUGGCGCCCAGGGACUCGCCAAAAUCAUCGUCCCUCAAACGUUCUGACACCAACAAGUCUUACCGAGACUCGGCAGACAUUUUCCGGACUAAGAGCCACCGAGACGGCGAACAUCGGGACCGUGGCGAAUACCGAAGUCGCGGUGAGUCGCCUAGGCGGCGCAGGACAGAAACGAGGCACGCGACACAUGCGGAAGCAUCCAGUUCGAGGGCCGCCCCGGUGUCGCCCCGAGAUGAGCUCAAAUACUCGUCUAAGCGAGAGGAGAGGCAGAGAGCCCGGGAGGCCGAGGUGAAUAAGAAGUCGACCGGAUUCCGGGCCGCCAUCAAGAAGCUGUUUAGCUAAACGGAUGAUCGAAUAAGGCACCCGCCCGCGAUGAUCACGAAGUGCGAAAAAUAUUGCUGGUUUUGCCUGGAGCUUACGAGAUCACGUUUAACGUUUCCAAUAUUGCUGGAGGGUGACCUUUGUCACGUCGGAUAUUCUGCCGGGUCUCCUCUGUAUUACGUUUACAUGUACGAAAUGAUCCUGUACGAGAUUACGGUUCUUGUGUCUUUUCUCCGUUCCCGGAUAAUGUUCCCUGGGCGAGGAAAACCCGCGAAGACGGGCUUUGAGGGAUGAAGAUUGUCCGUUCCCUCAGCGAAACGAAAUAGGGGCUAUGAGCUGUAAACCAAAAUGGGGUUCUCUCGUUUACGUAUUCGUGUGUCUCGAGUACGCGUGUGUGUAGGACUAUUGGUCUAGAUUAACUACUUUACUUAACGAAUACGAUGUUAGUACGUUCUCCUA